UAAACGGAGUAAAUCUAUAAAUAUAUCUAGAGAAACCAAAAGUAAGAAAGGAGAAGAUGAGAGUGGCGGUGGCCAUUGAUAACAGUGAAGAGAGCUACAAUGCUCUAAAAUGGAUUCUUGAUUAUCUCCUUACUCAACCAUCUACUAAACUCACUCUUGUUCAUGUCAUGGAGCCCCUCCCUCCUUUUCAUGGUGUAGAAUCAGCAAGUCGGGCGCAAGCACAAGAGGCAGCAAGAAUACUGGCACGUGCCUCUGAAAUGUGCAAAGCAAAAAUGAUCAAUGCAGAAAGUCUAAUUCUUGAGGGUGAUCCAAAGAACCUGCUCUGUGAAGCAACAGCGAAAAUGAACGUCGAUCUUCUUGCAAUUGCUAGCCGCGGACUCGGCCAAAUUAAAAGGGCGUUUCUGGGAAGUGUUAGCGACUACUGCGCCCACCAUGCAAAAUGCCCUGUGCUUAUUGUGAAGCCAACUAAAGAGUCUCCUAAAUAGAAUUUGGUGUAAAAAGUUUUGUUGCUGCUAGUUUAGGUGUAAGAAAUUCCUGCAAGCUCAGGAUGUGCAAUAGGGUGUAGGUGCAGAAUGUCCUUCCUCUCCCUCCCUCCUUUCCUUGUUAAAUAUGUAUGGAGUUGAUAUUGUAAGUAUGCUUUCUAUCAGUCGUUUUUAUUUCAAAUUAUUGUUUAAAUUGUUA